GACAGUUCGUUUGGGGUUUCAACCAGAUAUCACCGAACUCUUUAUUUUACUUGGUGAUAAUUCAUUUUAGUUCGUUUUGACCAUUAGAUUGAUUACAUCCAAUAUGAUUGGAACGUAACUUGUGCUCCGUUUUUGUUUUACAAAUUUGUGAGAUGUUUGUGAAUGUCCGUUAAUCAUCAUAUACCUAGUUGCAGGUUGAAGCAAAUAAUCCGAAAUUGAUUUCGCAUUUUACAUUUGACCCAGCACGCCCAUCAAUAUCAUUUUUAUUUGUGGAUUUGUUUAUUAUUUUCUGUUUAUUUGCUACUUUACUUUGACAAAAUCAUCAUGAAAUUUGAAAGUAAACUAAAUGCAACCGCACCAACCAUAUUUUCGGAACAGCUAAGCAAUGUGAUAGAUCUGUUCCAACAAUGGAAUGACUGUGAACGGGCGGUCAUGCUGUUCGCUGUAUUGAAAAGAGUACCGUUCCCGCUCACCAAACUCCUGCAAUCGGUCAUCGAGACGAGCCUGCAACAAGCUCAAUGCAAAGAGCAGGCUAAAAUCCUGGAACGCAAUGCCAAUUGUGCGAAAUACAUUAACAGCCUCAGUGAGACGUACAAAAGUUUAAAGUACAACGAAACGCAGCUGACGACCGAAUCAAUAUUUUUUGCAUCCGACCGCAGCAUUGACAAUAUCGACAAAUGUUGCGAUAAAAAAGAGGAAAUUCUCCGUGAUAUACUUAAAAUGAUGCCAAUACUUACGAUCGGUAAUGAUGAGGCAAAAUCGGCGUACUUGGAUUUUAUACCUAUGACCGUUAGCGACGCUACCAGACGAAUUGUUAGUUCCACUUUAGUUCAACAAAUAUUUUGCUACGUUUUAAUCCAUCCAGCGUUCUCAAUCGACGACCGAAGUUCGGUGGUUAAACAUUUGAAGGUCUUGGAAAAUCACAUCAGUACCAACGAACCGAAUAUAUUUGUCUAUCGUAACGGUGCAUCGCCCACCAGUGAACCAACAAAUCCAUCAACACCGUCCAAUUGGCAGGCAAUCGCUCCACCACAAUCCAAAUCAACCGAUACGAUACCGCCGCCAUCACCAUGGGGCAGUUCUCACCACUUGACGCGUGGCUAUACUGACGACAGUGACUACCGCAGCCACAAAUCUGCCUCAAUUUCUAGUUCAGUGAAUAAUUAUGAAAUAGAGGACCGCCAUACGUCGUUCCUGUACAAUGGCAAAAUUGUCAACGAUGUCGACGACACCAAUACAUCCAACACACAGCUCGGUUUCGUCACAUUGCCCGGCCUAACCAAGCAUUUAAUUUCCCCGGGAACGUUGGAGCACGUGAAAACUCGCCGAUCAAACAGUUUAACAACCACCAGCCCAGUGACACGGACAUCGUUCACACAAAAUGCAUGUGAAAAACAACGAAGCGUCUCACUGUCCGGCAUUAGUACUUUGAAUUUUGGUGGAUCCGACAUAUCCAUGCUGGAUGAAUCCAAACCAAUCUUUCAAUGGCCGCAACGCCAUCACGUCGGCAUGAGUAAUAUCACACCGUGGCUGAAAUCAUUGCGAUUGCAUAAAUACGUUUUUCUGUUCUCACACCAAACCUACGAACAAAUGAUGGAAAUGACCGAAGAUCAUCUGAUGAACGUUACAAAGGGUGCCAGACAAAAGUUAGUUAACAACAUACAAAAACUGCGGGAGCGUUACGCUGCCUUGAGUCAGAUGGAAAAAGAUUUAUUGUGUGGACAGAUUACUGUUGCCAAAGUGCUGGAGGAACUCUCCGCAUUGGUUAUUACGCCUAUGAAGCCUAUCGAACCAUUUGACAAACAGGACGUACCCACACAGUUCUUAAAGGUGGUAGAUUUGGUUUACACAAAAAUUACUACCAAACACAUUGUACCUCAGGACGAAAACUACGUCAACCAAUUGAUGUAUAUACUGGACAAAGCUAUGCAUAAUGAAGCGUUCGUUGCUCAAAUCAAUCUACUGAAGGAGCGUCGUCACAAUAUGCAACGAAUUAAAAGUCAAUUUCCACCAAAAAUCCAUUAUUCCAAGAGUAAUGAAGCGUCUGCAUCGACAUCAAGUAACAUUCACAGGCAAAGACUGCGUCCAAUCAAAUUUAACGAUUACUUUACGCCAUUCCCUAAGACAAAUCGAUUCGCUGGCAACCUUAAUCCAGGAUUAUCCUUUUCGGACGUAACACAGUUCGACUCGUUCUAUGCAGGUGCAGGACAAAAUCAACCGCCACAGCGUACCGAUGAUCGAUUUAUAUUCAAAAUUCCCGCUGUGCCAGCACCAACGAAUCAUAGAAGCCAAACUAUCAGUGGAUCGAUAGAAUCUAUUUCAUCCGGAUACCAUUCGGAUAGUACUCCCAUUGGGAUGGGAAACAUUCGUAAAUGGCUGAAGAGUCAUCGAUUGCACAAGUAUACGUGGGUGUUCGAGAACGUCAACUACGAGAAAAUCUUUACAUUUACGGAAGAACAUUUGAAAAGUUUGAGUAUCACCCAAGGCGCUGCACAUAAAUUAGCCAAUUGUAUAGAAAAAUUGAACACCCGAGCUGAGACCUUGAAGCAGACCGGAUUGAAUUUGACACUAAAUCGCAUGUUCGUACCCGAGGCAGUUCUAGUAAUGGAUUCAAUAGUGUUGUCUCCAAUGAAACCAAUGCGUUUGAAUUGUGAUACCGACGUUGGUUAUCAACUGUGGAACGUAAUCAAUCAGGUCUUCAAGCUACUCGCCUCAAACAGUUACGACGAAGACACCGUCCUGAAAUUUACACGGGUUGUGGACUCAGCAAUGGGCAGCGAAGCAUUUGUCGAUUACAUUCACAUAAUACGGGAUAUGAGAAUGAAGGUGGCCAGGCUUGGUAGACGAAUGAUUCGUUAGAUAGAAUCAUUUUCCAGAAUGGGGAGACAGAUGAUUCGUUUGAAUCAUCUCAGCAUAUGAUAUACUUUAGUGAUUAGAUUAUUUGUAAUUUAUAAGGCACAUUGCUAUUACGACGUCAUUUAUUGUAAAAAAGAAAAACAACAAACAAACCGCCCAGUCAUUGGAUAUCGUGCAUGUUUGCGGUAUUUAUUUAUUUUUUGUUUUUAUUUUAGAAAUGAAUUCCUAAAUUAUUUAAUUGAAUUGACUGUGUACGCAAAUACAAUGAAUGAUCGAAUCAGAAAA